CCCACCCCCAAUUCCAGAAAACACUCCGUCGAUCAGAAUAGCCUGGGUCAUAAGGAAGAGCCCUGUACAUCAGAUAUAUCAACUACAGGAUUGCUCCAUUUCUGCACAGAAUCUGCCGACCCGGGCGUCAAGUCGAGGAAAGGCUCGACAUCAGACGCGCGACACGAUGCAAUCCGUCUGAAGCAACGCGCCUUUCCUUACCAGCCCCCCAUUAAGCUGACAUUUUCCACUACAAAUUUACUUACAAUGUUGGGUUCUUCUUACGAGCGUCUACUGGAGCGCGCGUUCCACGCGUCUCAUAGCAAGCUUCGCUCCCUACUCAGCUGUAUAAGAAAGACUCGGUUUCCGACUGCUUCUGUCUUUCAACUAUCCUUCUCUAUCAUCUUUCCAUCCUUUUCCAUCUGUAUUCUUUUUUCGUCAUUGGAUUUGUUCACAUAUGGCCAAAAGCCGUCCAGCACGCGAGAACAAGGCACCACGACGGCCGCCACAAGAAUCUCAAGCCAAGAUAAAACGCCCUUCUUUCAAAUGGAACCGACUGCAAGACUGCAUAUUGCUGCAUGGGUUAAUCAAGAUAUUACACCCCAAGGAUUUCCCGGGCAGCAUUUUCAAGCAACUGGAGAAAGAGCUUGGAGAUCAGUAUCAUUCGAAUGAUACCCUGAGAAAGCGGUGGUACAUCGUGAACGAUAAGUGCGAGAUCGUCAAAGAGGACCGCAAAAACCGCAGUCCCGAGAACAUCGUGUGGGUCACUGAGUCAGAAAGUGAAGCAGAGGACUACAAUAUGCGAGAGAUCGACCACAGAGAUCAAGAGUCUGGAGAGCAAUACUUUCCCUCUCCGCAAUCAACCCCAGGAGUCAAAGAUGACUAUUCUCCUGUGUCAGAGACUUCUCGGACUUUGAGUCCAAGCCCUCAUCAUCCCUCCCGUUCAAACCGUUCUCGCGAGGAGCCAGUGACACCGACUCAACCAUCCCGCAGGAGUCAAACGAGGUAUGCCCAACGACUCAGAGCUGCACCACAUCAUUCUUCCCGGGAACAACCAGCACGCUCGAACCCUGCCCCACCUCCAGCAAAGACUCCGGGACCUACCCGACGAGGCAACGGCCCUCCUCCGAGACAGCUAACUCCUGGGAAUGAUCAAACCCCUAGGGGGCCAAGGAGCGAUUUCAGACGACGACGGAGGGUAGAACGAGUGGAGGAGUCGGUAUCACCCCUUAAGCGUAGCGAGGCUCCCCGCAGACGCUAGAUUAUCAAUUUCCGUGUUUGUUUCUUGCAUGACGAAAAGUUCUUACCAGCAGGAUGCUACGUUUUCGUUUUCUACGGAUUGCUCUGGACUCUUGUCAGCUUUUGUAUAUAAUCACUCUGUCUUGGCUAUGUUGGCGUAUGCAUGGA